AUGUCCGACCGCCGCGGCGACAAGGAGAAGCCCCGCGACCGCGACCGUGAAAAGGACCGCGACAUCGACCGCCAUCGCGACCGAGAUCGCGACCGGGACCGGGACCGGGACCGGGACCGGGACAGGGAUCGCGAGCGCGACCGCCGCCGCGAGCGCGAGCGGAAGCGCUCCCGGUCCCGGUCCCCGUCGGCAGACCGGGACCGCUCCCACCGCCGCCACUCCCUCUCGCACCGAGGCCGUUCGUCCCCCUCCCCUGACGCCGGCCGCCACAAGCGCCGCCGCGAGGCGUCCCCUGCCACCGCCGACCACCACCACAAGGAGGAUAAGAAGGCCGCCGACUCUCACGCGACAACCAAGGGCGGAGGGGACCCCGUGGCCGCGGCCGUGGCGGUGGGUGACGGCGACGUGGAUGCGGAGGAACUGGAAAUGAUGAAGAUGAUGGGCACCCCCGUCGGGUUCGACUCCACCAAGGGAAAGCACGUGCCCGACGCCGACGUCAGCGGGGUGCGUGUUGUCACCAAGCGCCAGCCGCGCCAGUACAUGAACCGCCGCGGCGGAUUCAACCGCCCUCUGCCGCCUGAGCGCAACCGCUGA